AUGGCACACAAGGAAAAGCACGGGUGUCGCCUGCAAUGUCUCUCGGCACGCAAAUUUACGCCCAUUUCGGCGAAUAAUAUGAGCAAGCGUCAGCUGUGGCUGCGGUCACAGACUUCCAUAGAGAGAGAAGAAGAAGAAGGAGAAGAAGAGGAAGUAGAAAGCCAAGAGCUUGAGUCGAAUAAUGAGUGCAGAAACCUCUUUUGUCGGCAGAUUUUAGCCAAUCGUUUUGCGAGAUACUGUGAGGACAAACCGAUAUGUCAGCGCUAUCGGGCACUAAAGUUGCAGUGUCUGGCAAAUGUACAGGCAAAAGAGGACGAGGAGGACUCGAGGCCUUUAUCUCUUAUAAUUAAGAGAAGAAAGAGAAAAGAAAAAGCUAGUGGGGAAAUGGAUGAAAAGGAAGAAAUAAAUGAAAAGGAGGAAAUGAAGGAGGCGGAGGAGAAGAUGAAGAAGAAAAAGGUUAAAAGAGAUGAAACGUUUACUCUCUAUAAAAGGAAGAAAUCAAAUGAUGCAAACUCAAGCGCUGUUAGAAAAAAACGAUUGAACCUGAAUCUCACUGUUUCUGUGGCUAAUGAAGAGAAAAACAGCAAUUCAAGUAGUCUAGAACAGACGAAAAAAGUAUUGGGAAGAGAUAAGAAAAGAGAAGUGGCGACAAAAUUAUAUGAAUUGGAACCAAAGGAAGAAAAACAACGAAAGAAGAGAGCAAAAAAAGCUCAAGCAGCAGCGGCGGAGAGUAAAAGGAAAGAAAGCCCUGUUUCCAUUGAUUCGUCAAAUGCACAGGCACGAUGCUUAUCAUUAACGAAUGAAUGUGGUUUUCCCAUGGGAAAGCAUAAAAUGAGUACAUUACCACUAGAACGGCAAUCUACAGAAACAGGUAGUGAUGCGGAAACUGGGAAAGAAACUAAUAGUAUUCAAGUCAAGCGACGUCGACUGGAUAGACGCAUGAGUGUGGACAAAGUCUUGGCUCGCUCCUCGUUGUCUUCUCCUACAAAUGUAGCUACUGCUACAUCCGGUGCUGAUUUAAAUUAUAAAAACCACGUCGCAAAUCCAGAUAAAAGGAGGACUUCAGCGCAGGUGAUUAGAAGAAACAUGAAUGUAGAUCUUGUACCCCUUGGUGUUGCUCGCCACACCAGCUUUGCUGGUGGAGGAGGACGAUACGUACAGAACGGAAAUCGAUUCGCUGCGCAAUCGUUAAGACCGUCAGAUCCGCGACCAAGGCCCCCUAGUAUGACAAAGUUUCGGGCACCUCUAGUAUCAGCGCCCCUUUCUGCAUCUUUGCUAAAUACGUCAUCCAGACCUGCACAAAGGACACAACUAGUAGCAGCAGCACCGCCACUCAUGACUCAACGACCAUCACCACCGCUACCCUCUCAGGUUUCUUUGGCAAUUCCGCCGGUGCUUAGUUCAACUGCUGAAACCGUCAUGAUUAUAGCACCACCAGAUAGAACGCUUACAACAAGAUUUCUCCCCGAUCCACUCUCUACAUCUGGAGUGCCUGAAAUAACCCGAAUUUCGACAACCGAUUACUUGAAGAGUAAGAAAAGGGAUUGUGGACGGCAGAAACCCGAAGAGAUAAACCGCCGAGUAUCGCGAUCGUCAUCGCUCGAACGUUCUGGUAGCUUUAGCGAUGAUCGUGCUUUCCGAUUUUUACCAGUAGCUACCAUAUCGACAGACCUGCCCGGAUACAAUCCUAGUGAUAGUGCUCCAUUGCUAUCUUACACGGAGGCUCGCUCUGCUCUUGAUUCACGUAGACCAUGUCCCAAAGGCGAUGGACGACAUCAGCGACUGUUUCGGGGCAACGAAGGAAGCGGGAUGAAGUACCGAGAAAGAGCGGAGGUCUGCAGCGAGUUGGAACGGUUUGCGUCUCAGCGAGAGUAUCGCAAUUUGCCACCACCUCGCGAUCCCUACCCAUUCCGACCGCAGGAUUCAUCUUCUCUGGCUGGCAUCAAUAAUAGCGGCAACGGCUACGCAGUGGAUAGACACUUUAGCUCAGCAUUAUCUCCAGCAGAUCAUAUUUACAGGAGAUCAAUCUCGCACGAGGAGCCUUUAUCAGCUCAGCAUCGCCGAAGUGAGCAUGACACAAAUGUUGAACUGAAAAAAUCUGAUUGCGGCAACUUAGAGGAGGACGCACCAACCUUUUCACACAACGAAGCGUUUUUACCACGGUUGCUGUCAGUAUUUGUUGGGAAGUUGCCUCAUGCAUUAGAAGCUGUGUUGAAUGUAACGAAGAAGCCGAGAAAGAUGAAUUGGUAUAUCAACUACAUCGAGCGGAUCGAGCGUCUAUGCAAAGCGUUCGAUCUUCAUGUGAAGUUUGAUGGCUUAAAAUCAGUAGUGACUGUGCAAGGCCGUGAGUGGCUUACGUUGCAAGGUACGUCUACGGUGGCGCUGCAUCUUGAGGUCAUCAAAAGCUUACGGGCCGAGGCAGUGACGUGGUUAAGGUUGAACGAGGAGAUGAAGACAGCUCUAGCUUAUUGCAAAGCAAACAAAAGCCAUUCUUUUGUUCGUGCUUGGAACGAUUUGAAGCACACGGGAAAUUAUAUUUCGCUACCAAGAGAGACUAAAUAUUUCUGCGGGGCACGGCUCCAUCACUGGACUUUUGUUGUUGGAAAGGUAGAGAUUGGGAGUGGCAGCCAUCAAGAUAAGCGGGAGGCUUUUCGUUUAGCCACUAUCAGCGCGCUGAAUUUUUUGCUGAGCAUAGGUCGAGGCGAACGUCGUCCUACAGUCAAGUGUGAACGGGUGUUGGAAGAAGUUAGCACUAGUGCCACAGGUCACCAUCGACCUUCAAGAUGCGAGUCAUUGAUCCACAACAAUACACAUGCAUCUCCGACUGCCGAGGCCGAAAAGGAAUUUUCUUCCGACCGGUCUUCUCGUGGGCCUUCAUCUUCAGUCCAGCUACUUCCACCUGCCGCCCAGCCGUCUUCUGUCGUGCCUAUUAAGCAACACCAAGUGACAAGAAAUCUUGCUGACACGCCGUCUGCCGAGGUACCUUUAACUAGCGAGUUACAUUCUUAUGCCGAAAGGUCCGGUUCUCCCGCCACUAGGAAGUGCAUAGAGAAAGCAACUGUAGCGAGCACACCGGUUUUAAUUUCUAACGAUAGCCAUAAAUUGGCAGAAGCUGCAAAACAAUGUGACCUGUUGGAGGAAAAGAUCAUUCAUGAUGAUAUUAACAUGAGCGCAUUAACCUCAGCAAGAUCGCCGCGCCAAUCGAUAACAGUGCCCCCCGAACCACCAUGCUGUGUUGAAACCAUCGCUACUUUUGCCGCAGCAUCAGUGAUUUCUACUUCUUUAAACACUGAGAAGAGCACGUUGCCUGGUGUGUCAUCGCGAGCACGCGCGACGACAAUGGCAACAUCUGGUAUAUCUGUCUCAGCUAAGGACACCCUUGCAGCGCAGACUAGCGCAGUAAUACCUCCACGGCGAUGCAUGAUGUGCGAGAUGAUUCGCAUGCGAAAGCCGGAUGGAGAGCGGUGCUUACGCUGCAAGCAGAAUGAUGCACCAGUAAACAAAAGUGCUCCGUACCUUGCGUGGGCUUUGAUCUAG